AAACCGUUAACUAUGACGCACCAUUUCGGAGCGGGGGCGGGACCAAUGAAAACCCUUGCCUCCGCCGAACCACGGUGCGGCCGUCCCGUGAUGGCGGCGCCGGCAGAACCCGGCGAAAUCGAGGGCUACCUCGGCCUCCGCGAAGUGCGGGUCGAGCUGGACACGCGAAAGGCCCGAGGCGGGGGAGUAGGAGGCGCGGGCGGAGGAUUCGCCGUCUGCUUCUGGCUCUACCUCUCCGGCUCCGCGAGGCCUUCCCCGGUCAUCCUUCACCAGAUAACUUCUGGAGAUGGCAAUAAGUUGCCAUUUCUUGCUUUAAGUGAAGGAAAUAAGCUGCUUCUCUUCCCAUUGUUGAGGUUGCACAAGCAAGCUCCUAGUUCCUCUGAUUCCUCUCCAUGGACUGGCACGACCUAUAUAUCGGCUGUAAAUGAAUGCCCUCUUGAGCAGUGGAUACACAUUGGCUGUGAGGUUACUGAAAAUCUUAUGCGCCUUCACAUUGAUGGCGAUCUAGUUGCCGAGGCUCAUCUAUGUUCACUAUCUAGCCAGCCAGACAAUCAAGAUGAUGCAUGCCAAGUUUGCUUACUUGGAAACAAUGGCAAGGUUGAUGGCUAUGUCUACAAUAUCCAAGUGCUAUCUGUGCUAGGAACCAUACAGGAGCAAUACGCAGAGAAUCCACCGUCUAAGCUAUCUAUUGACUACUCAUGCUGUGACGGAAUCGAGGAGGGCGAUGAUGGCAUUUGGUGCAUUGUCGGUGGGAAGGCUUCUUGUCGGAGGAACUUCAUGUUGGAAGUAGUACUAACAAACGCUUUUGGUGAACAUGUGAACAAGGAUACACAGAUUGUUGCUUCACUUGUCUAUGCUGACAGUGGGGCAUUAGUCGAGAAAUCAAGGGAUGAUGCAGAACCUCCCCUACUGAUUGCUUGCGAAGGACUUGAAUACCCAGCUGAAAGCAGGCCUCUUCGAAUUCUUCGUGGGCGUGCACUAUUUAAGCUCAAGAUAUCUCAGCUUUCUUCUAAAUGUGACAAUAAGCUCUUCCGCAUUUAUUUCUCAACACUUCACGCACGCAAAUAUCCUUUUCUGGAGGCAUCUUCCAAGCCAAUUCGCUGUAUAUCCCGAGGCCGCCCCAGUCGCCCAUUGGAUGCUGCAAAGCGGACAAGUUCUGCAACAAUGGAUGAAAUUCGCUUGCUUAACAAUGGCCCAGGGCUUGAUCGUGAUGGCAAAGCAAAUGCUUGCUCACUGUCUCAUGAUCAAAGUUCAGUGAUGUGUUUGCAUCCAUCCAAGUUUCUUAAGGUAGAAGGCGAUGAAACAGAGGCUCACAAAAGGGUAUCCCAGGUAGUCAAUCUGCUAGACUGCAGUACUUCUGAAAUUAUGCUUAAUUUCACCUGGGCUUUAUGGUUAUUGGUUUGUUUGCAGAGUAAGCAGGCUAGAAAGAUGGUAGUGGAAACACAAAGUGUCAGAACUGAAUCUACAAUGUCAGACUCCGACAGCAUUGAUGCGAGAAGUUCUUGGAGUGGAUCAGAUAAGGAUGAAGUUGAAACCUUUUCAGAUGCUACGAUCUUCAGAUAUUGUCUAGAAGGCACGUAUGAGCGGUCAACAUUUCUUAAAGGUGCAGCUUCUUCCAUCAAUGUGGACGGUUUGGCAACACUUGCAAAUGAGGUCUCUUUGUAUAGUGGAUGCUCCCACCACAGAAACCAAAUAUUGAUUUCGAAGCAAUUGCUUGAAGAGGGUGCUGUAACUUGGAGCAUAAUCUCAAAGAACAAGGAGCGUGCUCUUUGGUCAUCUGCAGUUCCUGAAAUCAUGGCAAAAUUUAUGGACAUUGCCCAUUAUACAAAGAGAGGUUUGUCAGAACAGGACUUGGAGGUUCUAAGAGGAAUCGCUGGCUGUGGUGAUGAUCUUGGAAGGAACGAAUUUGAUAGGCUAUGGUAUUGGCUAUACCCAGUGGCCGUUUCUCUGUCAAAAGAUAAAAUCAACAACCUCUGGGGUUGCACUGCACCUGUGUGGAUUGAGGGAUUGAUUACAACCCAGGAAGCCGAGAAUGCGCUAAGAAGCUCCAGGGAUCUGCUCAAGAAGCCGGGAACAUUUGUUCUCAGAUUCCCUACCACACGAAGCUGGCCACAUCCAGAUGCUGGAAGCCUCGUUGUUGCUUAUGUUGGCUCUGACAACUCAAUUCAUCACAGACUUCUUUCUCUGGAUGUCAGUGAUGCUAGGGUUGGUAGCCUACAAGCUUUGCUGCUGCAGGAGCCUGAAUUACUCCAGUUAGGCAGGGUUGAUCGCCUGCCGACUGCCAUGAAAUAUUAACCCAGUGUGCUACAAGAAGCAAUGCAGCAAACUGAAGUUCAUCACAAAAUCACAAGCCAGAGAAGAUGAAGAGUUCAUGGCACGGCAUGCUUCCCAAAGGCAGCCAUGGAGCAGUUAGUCGGUUUUCUGUUAGGCUGUUGCCCUGUACAAUUUUGUAAGUGAAGCGAUUUAGUUAGCAGAAAUAGAUGAUCCUAGUGUACAAUUAGACAUGGCGCAAGUCAAACCGGGCGGUCUAGUUUGUUCAGUUCGUGUAUAUAAACUGAAAUUUUGGAAUGCAGAUAUUCUCUUGCAAGUAGUUUCUUGCUCAUCCAA